AUGCAAUAUAAAUAAUUUAAAGGAUUUCUUAUUAUAAAUUUUGAUUAUUUUUUUAAAUAUUAAAGACUAUUCAAGGAGGGAAAUGAACGAAGUAGAUAAUAAAGAAUUAGAUCUUUCAGUAGGUGUGUUAUCUAUAUAUAUUUAAUCACUUUAUAUACGAUUAUAUAAUAAUUAUAAUUCAUAUUUUAUUUUUAGUUUAACACCACUUAAAUAAGCAACACUCAGGAUUAAGACUCAAGAAACAACCUCAUUUCAAAGAUAAAAAGGUAUAUAUAAUAUAAUAAUAAUUAGGCUGAAUGUUGUGAGAUUUGUGGAAUUGGAUUUGAUAGACAAAUAUAAUAACCUGAAAUAGGUAAAGUCUAAUAUAAACAUUUAGGUAUGAUGAUUAUAACAUGUUAUGGAUGUUUAUCAACUUGUCAUUAUUAUUGUUAUGGUAUAUCAACAGAAGUUGAAAAAUUGUCAAAUUCCAAUAAUUAAGGGUAUUUUUAAUGUGACAAAUGCAAAUCAAAUAAAUCUUAAGAUUAUCCAUGUGUUGUUUGUAAUUAAAAAUAAGGUCUCAAAAAAAAAUUGCAUAAUUCAAAUGAAUUUGUACAUCCAUUAUGUGCUUAGUUCUCAAAAUAAAUAGAAAUAAUCUCAUUUAUAGAAAUGAAAUUUAACAAACUUAAUAAUUAAAAUAUUUCUUAAAUUGAAAAAUUAAAUACAGAAAAAAUAAAAUAGAAUUAAUAAAUUUGUGUAUAUUGUAAAGGUUCUAUAGGAACUAUUAAAUGUAAUAAAUGUAAUUCAUUUGCUCAUAUCUAUUGUAUUAUACAUAAAAUAACAGAUUCUGGAGGAUUUAGAUUAGAUUAUUCAGAAAGUAAUAAAGAUAAUUAAUGGUAAUGCUUUUUUAAUUACAAAUAACUACUUAAUAUAGUUAAUAUGAGUUAAACAAAUAAAGAUAAAUAAUUACUAAAAAAUAAUGUUUAAAUUAUAUUUAAUUAAUUUAUGAAAAUAUAAGGAAUUUAAAAGUAAAUCAAAUUUGAUACAUUAUUUUAAUAAUACUUUUAAAAUGAUAAAAUUGAAGAAGAAAAAGAGUAAUUAAUUAAUAUCAUAUUAUUAGAUCAAUUUUAUCAUGGAUUUGUUUUAAACAUAAAAAUACUAAAUCUUAUUGUUAUUGUAAAUAAGAAGUAGAUACAGAUGAUAUGGUAUAAUGUGAAACAUGUACUGAAUGGUUUCAUGAUUAAUGUGUUAGAAAAUAUUAAAAAGAUUUUCAAGAAUAAAAAAAUAAAGAUAUAUAUUGUUGUCCAUUUUGUAUUAAAUGGGCAAAAAAUAAAUUAAAUCAUAUCUUAAGAUAUAAUCCAGUAUCUAAUUUGAAUCAAUUAUUUCCACCUGUUUUAAAAUUGAAUUUCAUAUCACUUAUAAUUAUUGCAAUUUAUUGUGAAAGAACUUUAAAUAGAAUGAUUUCAAAAUGUAAUAAUUAUAUUAACAAUUUUAGAUAAUGAAACUGAAUAUUAAAUUGUUUAAUUUAUUCUAUCCAAUCUACCAUUUCCAAAUUCUUUAUAAACUUAACUUAAUUAAAUUGAAGAAAAAUAAAAAUCCUCUGAUAUCAUCAACUUUAUUUUUUCUUAAAAUAUUGUUUAUAGAGAUGAAAAUUAAUGGAUUAUCAAAUCUUAAUUAGAUUAAAAUAAUAAUACUGUACCUGAAAAUAUUCAACAUAAUAAUAAUUUAAAAAAUAAAUUAUUAUAAGUUAUUACCUUAUUUAAAGAUUUUGAUGAAUGUAAAUAUUAUUAAGAAUUAUUAUCAAAAUUGAAUCAUUUACAAAAUGCUUUUGAAAUUAUUAUAAUGAAAUAAAAAAUUACUAAAAAUACUAUAUUAAUGGAAUAUUAAUCAAAUGCAUUUUAAGAAUUUAUUUAUUUAUAAUAAUAAAUACCUACCUAUAAAAAAAUAAAAAAAGAGUUUAUAUCAACAUUAUAAUAAUCUCAAGAUAAAUUUUAUGAUUUUGAAACUAAAUUUAAUGGAAUUAUUGAUUCUUCUGAAGAAGAUAAUGAUGAUGAGGAACUUGAAGAUUAUUAAAAAUUAUAAAAAUAUUUUUAAUUGGAUAUAGUUCCAAUACAAAAUUAUUAAGAAUUCUUUAAUCUUUUAUCUCAAUCUAGAAUUAAAUUAAAUUAAUUCAAAAUUAAUAUAGAAUAUGUUAAUAAGAUUUUAAAAUAAAUUUAAAAUUUAUCUAUUAAAGUAUCCUGGAUUUCAUAUAUUGAAUAAGAAGUUAAUUAAGGAUUACAAAUUAUUGGAUAAUUAGAGGAUUCUAAAUUAAAUAAUUAAAAUAAUGCAAUUUAAAUUCUAAUCAAUAAAAUGGAAUAAACAUUCUGUUAUUAUAAAGAUUUCCCUAAACAUUAUGCUUUUCUAUCUAAAAUUAAAUUAUAUGAAUUAUAUAUUUAAGAUCUUGAUUAUUAUUAAGAUAAAGAUGAUGAAGAAGAAGAUGAUGAUGAUAGUGAAUUAUAAUAGAUAACUAAAGAAAUUUAGAUUAAAAUCUCUGUACCACAUUUACAGAUGUUAAAAGAUUUAUAAAAAGAAACUAGAGCUCCUUAAAAAGAAAUUCAACUUUUAAAUAGAGUAGAAUAAUAAAUGAAUGAAUAUAGAUAGAAAUUAAGAAAUAUAAUACUCUAAAAAGGAUUAAAUGAAUAAUUAAGAAAAAAAUAUUAAGCAGAAUUAUAAAUGAAUAAAUUAUAUGAUAUUCCAGAAAUUAAAGAACUUUAAUAAAAAUUAGAAAUAUUUUAAGAAGUUGAAAAAAUAAGAUUAUCUAAAACAUAAACAUUAUAAUAAUUAGAAAUGUGUUUAGAAAAAUCUAAAUAAUAUAAUUUUGAUGAUAAAUUAAUAAAUUAAUUUGAGUAUGAAAUCAAUAAAUAUAAUUAAAAAAGAAAAGAAAUUUAAAAAUUAUUAGAAAAUGAAAUUUAUGAAAGUGAAUAAUUAGAUUAAGCUAAAAUAUAUUUAUAAGAAAUAGCAUAAAGUAAAAUUGUAUUUGAAGAAAAAUAAUAAUUAUAAAGUUUAAAUAAAUCUUGUUAAUUUGUUUAAUAAUUAUAUGAAUUUUAUUAAAAGUAUAAAUCACCUGAAUAAGAAAUGGAAAUUGAAGAUGAUAAAAAUCCAGAUUUGUAAUUCAAAAUUAAUUAAAUUUGCAAUCCUUUAUAAAUUAUAUUUAAAAAUGAUCAAGAAUCAAUGAUCUAUGAUUUAGAAGUCAUUCUAAAUAAAUAACAAAUCAUAUUAGAUAAAAGAAUCAAUAAUAUUUUUAAUUAAUACUCAAAUUUCUUAUGGUAAAAAUAGGCUAAAAUAUUACUAUCUUAAUAUGAAUCAAAAUAAGAAAUUAGUAAUCAAUUAGUAGAUUCUGUAAUAUCAAAAAAGUUUAAAUUAUAAGAUUCUUUAGAAUAAAAUAAAUUGGAUUAAUUUAUUGAAUUGUUUAAUAAAUAACUUAUAAUUUUGAAUAAGAUAAUAAUACCAUUAUAAGAUUACAUUAAUAAAUAACCAAAAGAAAUCUCAUUAUCUGAAUGGAUUGAAGGUUAUAAUUAAAUAACUUUAAAAAUAAAAGGAGGAAUAUGGGAUUAAGUAAAAAUUUAUAAUGUAUGGGUAACAAUCAUAAUCAAAUUCUAAGAAAUCGAAAAUUCAGAAUUGCAUACAUAUGAGAGUCUAAAGUUGUUAUAAGAAAUUAUAUAAAUGUCUCAUAUGCCAAAAUAUUCAGCAAUUAUACAAAUAAUAAAUCAGAAAAUUAAUAACUUUAAUAAUUUAGUGGACAGAUUCAAAGAAUAUGGAUAAAGAAGAUAAAUAUUUAUAGAGAAGAAGAAAUCAAAGCAAGAAUCUUUGUCAUCUAAAUAAAAAAUUUAUUUUUCAAUUUUAGAUGCAAUAGAUUUAGAAUAAAAACUUAAAAGAAUAAAUAAUAUGGUACAUGAUUUCUUUUCUAAAGAAUUUUGUACUGAUUUAGAAUUUAUUAAAUAAAUUUAAGAAGAUUUUAAUAAUUGUCAAGAUGACGAUAUCUAAAUAUAUUCAUAAUUGUAUUAAAGAUUAACUUAAUCAUUUAUAUAGGAUGAUUUCUUAUUAGAUUAAUUAAAAAUAAAGAUAUAUUAAUCAAAAUUAAAAGAUAUUAUAAAAGGAAGAAAAACAGUAGAAUUAAAUAAGGCAAAAAAAUAAUAUAAAAGUUUGACGAAUUUAAUGGAAUAAACUAAUAAUGAAUUUGAAGAGUAUAUAUAAUAAUUCAAUAAAUUAUUAACUAUUGGAGAAAAUGUUUAAAAUAUUAUAAAUAAAGUAAAGAAUGAAUAAGAUUACACAUUUGAAGAGUUAGAAUUAUGUGUAUAAGAUAUGGAGAAGAUAUCAAAUAUUGAAAUAGAAAAUAAAGAAGAUUUAUUAAUUAAAUAUUAAGAAUGUCUAUAAGUGUAAAAAGAGAUAAACGAAAUAUAAAAUUCAUCGAUUAAAAGUAAAGAAAUUGUAAUCUAGAAUUUAUAUGAAAAAAUAGAAUAAUUACCUUUAUAAGAAGAAAAAUAAUUAGUAUAAACAUGGUUAAAUUAAUAUGAAUAAUUGAGUGGAAAUUAUAUUACUAUAAAAUCAAUGUUAUAAAAAUAAAAAACAUUCUAAAGUUGUAAAUUAUUGACAGAACUUAUAAAAAAGCUUUAGAAAUCUAAUGAGGAUUGUGUUAUCAUUCAUCUUGAAACUGAAAAUUUAUUAAGAGAUUAUUAAGAAUUUAAUAAAAGAUUAGAAUAAAUUGAAAGUAAUCCAUAAUCAGAUAAUGCUUAAAAAGAAUUUUAAGAAUUAUAAUCUAAUCUAAGAUGGGGAGAAUAAUAUGAAAGAGUAAGAAUGGUUAUUUGGAUUAAAUAAAUAAAUUAAUUAAAAAGUGGAUAAUCUAGUAAAUAGGGAUUCUCUUCUUUUCGAAAUCUUUUAAAUUAAGGAUAUGAAAUUCUUGAUUUUGCACUAUUAAAUAAUUAAAAAUUAUAAGUUGAAAAAAUUAAAGGAUUAAUUAUAUACUUAGAAUAAUUAAUGAGUAAAAUAAUUGAGAUUAUUACUAAUGGGAUUAAUGGGAAUUAAAUUAUUGAAGGAAAGAUAGAUAUAUAAUAAUUAAUUUUAGAACUUUAACAUAUUUCUAAUCAUCAAAAGUAAGAAAAAUUAAAAGAUUUAUAACCGAAGAAACCAUUUGAUGAUAUAAAUCAAUAUUUAAAUAAAUUAUAGAUGAAAUAAAAGAAAAAAAUACUUCCAUCAACUGCUAAAGAUAAACCAGAACAUAGUGUUAAGAAAGUAAAAAAAUCUAAUUAUGAUAAUUAUUAUGAAAAAUUAAGAAUUGAAAAAAGAAAUGAAUUAUUUAAUGUUAUGAAAUAGAUACCAAUUUUAAAAGAUAGAAAAGAUUUAAAUGAUAAAGUUAAAGAAAUUGAAAAUUAAUAAUUUGGAGAGUAUGUUAAAAAUAAAUCAAGUAUAUUUAAUUAAAUAUUAUUUAGAAUAUGAAGAAAUUAUGUAAUUAAUAAUAGAAACAUAUAAAGAAUUGUAAAAAUUUCCAAAUUAUUCUAAAUAAUUAUUUUCUUCUUAAAUUAAUCUAGAAACUACUGCCAAAGCUAUGUAAAAAUAUUAAGAUGGUAAAUUACAAAAAUGUGAAGAUAAAUAUAAAUAAGUUAGAUAAUAAGAUUAAAAUUCAUUAUCUUAAAUUAAGAAUAAUAUUAAAUUAUAAUCUUAAAAGAUUAAACUUAAAUCUUAAACUCAACUAUCAACAUAAAAAUAAUAACCACAAAUAAUGAAAUUGGAUAAAUUGAAUUAAUAAUUAAAUGAUUCAUGUCUAUUGAUACAAAAAUUACAAGAAUAAUAAUAAUAAUAAUAAUAAUAAUAAUAAUAAUAAUAAUAAUAAUAAUAAUAAUAACAAUAAUAAAUAAUAUAACUCUAAUAAAGUUACAAAUAAUAAUAAUCAAAACAAAAAUAAUAAGAUUAAGUACUAUCCAGUAUUUCAUCCAGUUAAGAUUCAAUUUCUCAAGGAUCUUCUGAAUUUAAGUUAGUUCCAAAGAAUAAAAGCACUCAAGGAGAAUAAGAAGAGAAAGAUCUCAAAACUUAUUUAAAUAAAAAAGAUGUAUUUAACAAUAUUUAAUAAAAUUUAGAUUAAUCCGUAUAUAUAUGGAGAUAAAUUAACAAAAAUAGGUUAAAAUGGAUCAAAAUUAAUUUUACCAGAUGGUUCCACUUACCUUAUUGAUUAUUUUAGUCAUUAAACAGAAUUAAGAUAAAAUAAAUUUCCAAAAUUAAUUUAAGAUUUAAAGAAUUCCAAUUAUCUAGAUUAAGAAUAUAUUUUAAAAGAAAUAGAAAGAAUGGCUAAAUAAAAUAGAAAUUAAGUAUUAUCAGGAUAAAUAGUACCAGAGAGAUUGAAAAAUUUAGAAGCAUUAAAUAAAGUAAGUGAAGACUUAUUGAAAGAUCAUCGAAUAUUGGAAUAUAAAUUGGUUGAUACAAUUGUAUAUUUGAUGCAUUAUGAAUAAAUGUUGAGAUCUGAUCUUUUUAGCAAUUUUAGGUUAGAAGAGAUUAUUUUGAAAUAGCAUCUAAUCAAAUCAGAUGAAAUUUAUAAGCAAUAAGACAAUUAUACAUCAACUUUGUGUUUUAUAAUUACAUUAAAAUAUUAAUAAUAAGGAAUUUGGGUCAGUAAUUUUAGUGGAAUUUCUAUUGAAAUAAUAAAGAAUCUAUCAUAAGUACAUAAUUAAAAUAACAUAAAUUAGUCAUAUGAAUUUAGAAAAUGGAAAGAAAGCAGAAAAAAUUAAGAGAAAAUGUAAUAAAAAUUAAUACAAGAAAAUUCAAAACUUUAAUUUGAACCAGUGACAUCAGAUGAAGAAUUUAAUGAAAAUAAUAAUUAAGUAAGAAGUUUAUCUAUUUUAUCUAGGGGAAUGCUUAAAGUUUAUAAUAUUAGGAAUCAAAUCAUAAAGCAAUUGGUUAUAUUGUUAAUAAUGGAAACUUUAACUCUAAAUGAAAUUAUGUAUAGAAUAUUAAGAUUAUAUUAUAUUCGUUUUUUAAAUAAAUGUGUGUAGGUGAUAUAUUGGGAAUGUGUCUUGGUCCAAUAGUAACAUGUGCCAAAUAUCUUUGUGGUGCACUGGGUCUUGGAUUGCUUUUUACAGCAGGAGCAGUUGGCAUUGAUUUAGUAGUAGAUUGGCCAAUUGUUUUGAUAAUAUUAGCAUCCUUAUUAGCAUUGAUCUGGUGUAUUAUAGUAUACUGUGGAGGAUUGUCAGAGAGAGAUGAUGAACCAUAAUAUUUAGCAAAAUAAUUUGAGUUAAUAUGUGAAACAUAAGAAAUCGUUAGAUAAUAUGAAGUAUUCAAUCAAAAUCAGAAUAGGUAAGACAUAACUAUGCAAGUGAAUUGGCUGAUGGAUGCAUAUAAAUAUCAAAUGUAGUGAUUGGAAUGUUCUAUAAUUAAUUGAUUUAUGCAUUGAUAUUGUUACUCCUAUUCUUAUUAGCAACUGUAUUAUGCUCUAAAUAAUAUUCUAGAUAUGGUUUAUACCUGUAGGAACUAAAGUGGGUUUCGUUAUUGGAUUAUUAUUUGGGUUAAUUUCUAUAUCUAUAAUUGCUUGGACAGCAUUUACAUUUGCAGGUAGAUCUAUUUGUAGAGUCAUUACAACAGCAAUAUAAAAUAAGUGGGAAUUAUAUGAUUUUAUGUAUACAGUAGGAUUUGGAGUAGUAAUGAUGUGCGUUGCGUCAAUAUAUUUCAUUUUCUUAAUACUGUUUUUCUUAUUCAAAAGUUUAUAAGGAAUUAAUAAUGAUAACAAACCUUAAGAUAAAUUAUAAUUAAUGGGUAUCUGUUGUUGUGGUUAUGCCAUGGGAAUAAUAGUUUGUGCAUUUAUUUAUAGAGAAUCAACAAGUAUAUUAGGUCGAAGCAUUUUUAAUGCUAUAGAUGGUUUAGUAAAAUGCGAUAGAAAUUUGAGUUUUAAUAAUCCUUACAUUUCAUCGCCAACUAAAUUAUUAUAUAUAUUAUCUAAUAUUAUAAGUACUUAAAUUGUCAAUAUAUUGGAUACUGCUAUUUGUAUUGCAGUUUUAACAGUUGGAGGAUUUGUAAUAUUUUCUAAUUCAGAAGAAGUAGCAAAAGAGAAUAUUACAUGGAAAUCAUUAUUAGCACCUACUUUAUACUUUUGUGUUAAUGUUUUCUGUUCUGUUAUAGUUUAGACUUUAAAAAGCAUGAUUUGGGAUAAUGAAGUUGUAAGAUUCACUAAAUUAAAUAUCAGAUAAUAAGUGCUAAUAACUCAUUUAAUUACACUAUUCAUCUUCUUUUUUAUGCCAAUGGUUACAAUACUUAAGUAAUUUUCAUUAAAAGGAGUAGAAGCACCUGAAACUUUAGCUAAAGAAGACAUUACAAUUAAGAAAAUUACUUAUUGUUGUAUUCUAGGUUAGUUAAGUAAUUUGAUAUUACUUUCUAUUGGAGAAUGGAUGACAUCACAUGGAUGUUAACCUGUUAGAAAUUUGGUAUUAUUUUUUAUCUUAUUAAGAGGCAUAAUCAUCAUCAGAUAGAAUUUUAACAUAAUCAUUCAAUUAUGCUACAUAUUUAAGUGCCAUUGGAUAAAUACUUAUUGUUUUAACUCUUGGAAUUAUAGCUACAGCUUCACAUGCUUUAGCUGGAUAUGCAGGUAUCUUAGCUGCAGCAGCAGGAUUUUUAAUUAAUGUACUUAUCAUGGUACCAUUAUUUUAUAUUGGAACUAUUUCACAAGAUGGUGCUAAAUUAUGUGUUGCAUCUCAUGUUACUCAAGUUGUAGCUGAAAGAUUUACUAAAAUGACUUGGGCAGCUAGAAAUUAUAUGAUAUACUUAAAAAUUACCAAUGCUGGCUCUGCCAUCUUAUUAGCUUUAACAUUUUUAGGAGGAGCUUUAUACCUCUUUAAGGUUGACAAUAACCCAUUAAUUGAUUUUAAUGGAAUUUUUGGUAUUCUUUUUGGUAUAGGAUUGGCAUUCUUAUUAAAAGGAAUGACUGUUGGAUCUAUAAUUACUAUAUCUAAGAUCUUUGAUCUAAAUAUUUAUGAGAGUGGAAUAGCAGCAGAAAUUGCAAAAAGAAAUACUCUUUCUUUACAUCGUUAUUUUGAAAGUAAACAACUCUUAGCUAUAUUCUGGGUGUUCUUAAUAACUAUAACAGACACUUUAUUAAUUUUUGGAUUUGGCUAUUUUUUUGGAAAAAGAGGAUGUCCUGGAUUUUUAUUAGGACAUACAGUAGUUAUAUUAUUUCUGAUGUGUUAUUCAAUCAUAAAUGGAACGGCCUUAAAAUAGAGUCGAUAUUAUAAUGAAGGUAAGAUUUUUGCUUUAUAUUAUAGUGGAUGAUAAGAUUUCUAAAAGAGGAAAAAUCUAUUUGUCAUGUGUUGAAGGAGACAUGUAUGGUACUUCAGUUGAAGAGAGUACAUCUAUUCCAUUAAUAGUUUACUUGUUGUACAAUACAAUUCUUAUGACAUGUGCUUAUCCAUUUUUUGCAGGAGAGGGGUAUAUUAGAAUAUUUAUAUUUAGAGACUUAUUUGUGGAAAAACCUUAAGAAACCAAGUUUUUGUGA